UCAAAACAAAACUUCUAGAGAGAGAAAGAGAGAGAGAAUGGGAAGGGUUGAAGGAGAGAGGAAAACAACAGGAUGGGCUGCAAGGGAUCCAUCUGGGUUUCUCUCCCCUUACUCAUACACUCUUAGGGAGAUGGGGCCUGAGGAUGUGUACAUAAGAAUCAUGUGCUGUGGAAUAUGCCACACUGAUAUUCAUCAAAUCAAGAAUGAUCUUGGCAUGUCUAACUACCCCAUGGUUCCUGGGCAUGAGGUGGUGGGGGAGGUGGAGGAGGUGGGAUCAGGUGUGGACAGGUUCAGGGUAGGUGACAUGGUGGGAGUUGGCUGUCUGGUGGGAUGCUGCGGGAGCUGCGGUCCCUGCAAUAAGGACAUGGAACAGUACUGUCCCAAGAAGAUUUGGAGCUACAACGACCUCUACUCCGACGGCCGCCCCACCCAUGGCGGCUUCGCCUCCUCCACCGUCGUCCACCAAAAGUUUGUGGUGAAGAUCCCGGAGGGAAUGGCGCCCGAGCAGGCGGCCCCGCUGCUAUGCGCAGGCGUGACGGUCUAUAGCCCGCUUCGCCAUUUCGGAUUGAAAGGGUCCGGCCUAAGGGGAGGGAUCCUAGGGUUAGGAGGCGUCGGCCACAUGGGCGUGAAGAUAGCCAAAGCAAUGGGUCACCAUGUCACCGUCAUCAGCUCUUGUGACCCUAGUGGCAGCUCACCUUUUCGAUCUUCCGAUGGAAACUCUGGUUUCUUCGGAUCGGACACCUCGAAGAUGAGCGAGCUGGCCGAUUCGUUGGAUUAUAUCAUCGACACGGUGCCAGCUCAUCACGCCCUCGAGCCGUACCUGUCGCUGCUGAGGCUUGACGGGAAGCUCAUCCUGAUGGGCGUGAUCAGCACUCCUCUACAGUUUCUCACUCCCAUGGUCAUGCUCGGGAGGAAGACGAUAACGGGAAGCUUCAUAGGGAGCAUGAAGGAAACAGAGGAGAUGCUGGAGUUCUGCAGAGAGAAGGGUUUGACUUCGAUGAUCGAAGUUGUGAAGAUGGAUUAUAUAAACACUGCGUUCGAGAGGCUCGAGAAGAACGAUGUACGGUACAGAUUCGUCGUCGAUGUUGCCGGAAGCAAGCUUCACUCUUAAUUCUAUAUACAAAGUGAUGGUGGUUUGCCUUCAAGAAAUUGCGACAAGUCGAAAGUUUUAUGCAAGUGUUUUUCUUGUCUAGAAUGUCUGUUGAGUGUUGACUAAAACUUUAUAUAUAAAAUUGAGAUUUCAAAAUCUUAUUUUUUGGUUUAAAUAUUUUUAUAUGUUACCCAUAUUACGUGUAAACGGAUUUUACAUGGAGUUUUGGGAUUUCGGUCUGAA